UUUAUCUCCACCCCCUGGCCGACGUUCCCCCCGCAGCCCCUUUUGUUGUCGUUCUCACGCUAACAUGCGAGAUCCGCAGAGCUCAGCCGACUCGACCGCAUUCCGCCCCGAGUUCCCCUCCGCCAGCGGCCUGCUCGUCCGGAGAUGAGUACAAGAUGUCUGUGUCGGGGCUGAAGGCCGAAUUGAAGUUUCUCGAGUCAAUCUUUGACCCAAACCACGAAAGGUUCCGCAUCAUAGACUGGAAACCGGACGAACUGAAUUGUCAGUUCAACGUGAGCGGGGAGAAGCUGCUGAUCAUCCACUGCAACAUCACGGAGUCUUAUCCCUCAACACCCCCAAUAUGGUUUGUAGACUCCGAUGAUCCAAGUCUGGCAGAAGUGUUGGAGCGCUUAGAAGAUGUCCGCAGAGGCAGAACAUUGCUUCUUCAGCAGUUAAAGCGUCUCAUUUGUGACCUCUGUCGGCUUUACAACCUGCCUCAGCAUCCAGAUGUAGAGAUGCUCGACCAGCCUCUACCUGCUGGCCCCAUUAUUCAAGAACGAAAACACGGGCCAUCUGAUGAGGUGACAUCUGAGGAGGAAGAAGAGGAAGAAAUGGGAGAGGACAUUGACUUGGACCAAGACUUGGACCAUUACGACAUGAAAGAAGAAGAGCCGGUAGAAGGCAAAAAGUCAGAAGAUGACGGAAUCGAAAAAGAAAAUCUUGCCAUCUUGGAGAAGAUUCGUAAAAACCAGAGACAGGACCACUUAAAUGGCGCAGUUUCUGGCUCUGUGCAGGCCUCGGACCGCCUCAUGAAGGAACUCAGGGAGAUCUACAGAUCACAGAGUUACAAGACAGGUAUUUAUUCAGUGGAACUAGUCAACGACAGCCUUUAUGAUUGGCAUGUCAAGUUAAGGACGGUAGACCCAGAUAGUCCACUGCAUAGUGAUUUGCAGGUCUUAAAAGAAAAGGAAGGGGUGGACUACAUUUUGCUCAAUUUCUCUUAUAAAGAUAAUUUUCCUUUUGACCCACCUUUUGUGCGAGUUGUCUCUCCUGUGCUCUCUGGAGGUUAUGUUCUUGGAGGAGGAGCAUUGUGUAUGGAACUUCUCACAAAACAGGGGUGGAGCAGUGCCUAUUCCAUAGAAUCUGUCAUUAUGCAGAUAAAUGCAACUCUAGUGAAAGGAAAGGCCAGGGUUCAGUUUGGGGCCAAUAAGAACCAGUACAAUCUUGCCAGAGCACAACAGUCAUACAAAUCCCUUGUGCAGAUUCAUGAAAAGAAUGGCUGGUACACACCCCCUAAAGAGGAUGGAUAAGGACAUCCGACUACUAUGCACUGGGAACAUGGGUCAAAGUGUCUCAUUUUCUUUGGAGUAUUUCCCCCCGUCUGACUUGUUGGGAGUGCAUCACAUUUCUUGCCUGGUUGGUUCACCUGACAAGUAUCCUUCGUAUGAUGUGAGGGCGUUCCCUGCCCUGUUCAUAUAUCUCCGAUUGUCUUUUCUCCAGUUCGAACGUGGAGGAAACGUUUCUUCUUUAGCUGCUUUGACAAAAUGGACUUUAAAUGGGAACUCUGAAAGUCGUACCGAAGCCCUCAAAAUGGCACGACACCUCACGUGUUUUUAUUGAGCUUUUUUUUUAAAUAUUAUUAUUAUUAUUAUUAACAGGUACACACAUUGUUCUAGCAAAUGUUUUUUUUAUUAUAUUAUGAGCAUCCUAGACAAUAAAUGAGCCAGUUGUCAUAGCUUGGAUGGUUAUGUUCAAAAGGAAAUGACAUACUGCUCUAUCUUCGAAAAAUAUGCAGCGUUUGGGUCCAGAUGAACUAUGGGUUGUCGUGAGAGAACUUGUAAAAAAAAAAAAAAUUCAAAUAGGCACUUCAGUGGUCAUAUGAUGUGAGAUUUGAAAUGAGCAUCAUGACGUGUUAUUUCAGAAUGUUUCAGCAGAAAUAACCAUGCGCCCUUUGCCUUAUUUCUGGCAUCCCUGCAUUAAGUGGCUUUCUAUUGGUUACUUCUAGCAACACUGUUGAUGUGGUUCAUGGUGGUAGUGCAACACUCACUCGUGGCUGUCAGUGGAGAUUGCAUCCCUCUUGAGUAGAAUGCCGCUGAAUUGACUUUAAAGAGUAAUUCAACAGGAUGUCCGGGGUUGAUACUAAUGCGGUUUGUGAGUACCGACCUACUUUGAUUGUAGUGAUUUGCACCUUCCCACAAUCCGGUUAUAUGACUUACCUUUUCAGAUGAAUUUACCUGCUGCUGUAAAUAAGCAUACAAUUGGGAAAAAAAUAAUCCAAUGUUGAUUUUGUAAAUGAACUCAAUUACAAAGUUAUGAACAGUCCAUAAUGUUAUGGUAGGUUUAUUGUAAUGGAGAGAGACACUUAGUAAAAAAAAAAAAAAAAAAAAA